AGUUCGGCGCGCAGCCGGUUCGCGUCUGUGUGUUCCGCGCGCGACUUCCGCCUGAUCAACGCUCGUUUCUUCGUCGCAACUCGCAUCGGUUCGUCGUUGACUCGGAGUGUUUUUCGCGUUGACUUGCCGUAAACGUGGUCAGAUAAAACAAAGAAGAAACGAUAAUAGUCUGUUGUAUCUCAUUAAUCGUAGACACUUCGAGAAAUUUAUCGAUAGUAUUCGAUAAAGCGACGCUACGAACGGGGCUCGAGUUAAUUGUUUUCCGUUCACGUGGUAGAGAAAUUUUUUGCGGGUGAUUAGAGGAUAAUAACGGUGUAUAAGAGGGAACAGCGUGGAGGAUCAUGGUGUGACUCGAGUGAUUAAACAGAUCUUUCGGAAAGAUCGACAAGGUUGACCAGUGGUUGUGUGGUGAUUGGUUUUGGUGGUGGUGCUUGAUACGCUCCUGGGAGUCGGAAGCUCGUUGGCACUUGGGCCUCGUUUUCGUCGGUUUACUCAUGCUGGGAGUUUUGAAGCGGCGUUGGAAGCCAUCGAAAAGGGCUUCCAGCGUCCGCGGACCUGAUUCGCCCCUCAGCUCGGAACUGACGCUCGACAAGCCUCGCCCCAUACCAUCACCCAGACAAAUUCAUCCCCUUUACGGCGAGAAAGCUGGCCUUCUGGGGUACUGCGACCCCGUCGGUAACGUAGAAAAUUUUCCACCAGCCCCUAAUAUCGUCGUCGAGGGUGGCAGAAUCGAGUUUGUGCGCCCCUCGCAGGAUGGCACCACAACACCCCGAAGGAACACCAUGUCCCGAGGCUCGCAGACCUUCAGCGACGAGUCCGAGAAGUCUGAUCCUGCGAAGGAGAGUUUGGAGGAGCGAGUGCAAGAGUUGGAGCAAGCGUUGCAGGCAGAACGCUUCGCUGCACAACGAGAUCGAGCGACGAUCACGAAACUGCAACGACAGAUCAACAAGAGAGAGGCCACGCAGCGAGAUGUGGAACGUGAACGACGACAACGAAUGGAGGCCGAAGCUCGUGUACGCGAGGUUACGGCAGAAGCUGAAAGAGCACGCUCCAGGGUUCAUCAUCUUCAAAGAGAACUGGCCAGGAUGGAGGAGACGUCACGGGGGUUGCUGCAGCACAAGCACAGGGCUGAACAGCUGAAGCAAGAGAAAACCGCGCUCACGCUUUCUUACGAGGCACGCGUACACCAGUAUCAAGCACAAAUCUCGAAGCUGCAACUAGAGAACGAGUCAAUGAGGGGUCAGCUGCGUGGUUUGGAAGCUGCAUGCGCUGGCGAAGUGCAUGCUGCACUUGUGGCACGUCUGGCGACCUUGGAAACAGAACACGCCGCCUUGGCGCGCGACGCCGACGCUCAGCGUCGCCAGUACGAGCGGUGCCUGGACGACGUCGCCAACCAGGUGGUCCGCGCCCUUCUAUCCCAAAAGGGUCUCAGGGAAGAAAUCGGUGCAUUGCAGAGGCGUAUUCGGGAGCUCGAGGCUCAAAAUCGGGCGCUUUCAGGAUUAUUGGCACAGGCAGCGAGUCCUGGAAGUCCGACAGAGUUGAUUCAAGGGAUCCUAGAAGCUGGACCAGCAGCAGUGGUCGCUGCACUUGGUCUGGAUCCAGCUUGGGUUCCUUUAUCGAGGCCCCGUUCGCUUAAUCUACAAAUACCAGUGAUGGCCGCUACCAAGUGUAGACGAAACAGACCUUUGGCUCAGAAACCAUCGGAAGAGGAAGGUAGCGAGAGUCCAGAGAGCGGCAACAGGGAUGAGGGUUACUCGACGAUGUCCAGCGACGUCCAAGGAGAGGGUGCUAGACAGGAGCCAUCCCGAGGGUUGGAGGAUCUCAAAGAAGCGACCGACGAGACGGAGGCGGAUGUUUCUCCGGAUGCACGAUUGGUCGCCCUUGACGCCGGCGAUCCUGACGUUCUAUUUUUGCCGUUGAAUCUCACCGUAGGAAUAAAUCCACGUCACAGCUAUCCACCGACCAAAGAUUUGCUGCCGUAUCAACACGUGAUGCGUAGCUUCUCUGACAGUCACCUAUGUCUCAAGUUGACCACAACGACCAAUUUUACACCGUACAAACUGCCGAGCCCCAUUGGAUCCUCCUCUUUGCUACUCGUUGAAGAGGAGGGUUGGGACGCUGAAUACGUACAACAAUGGCUCAGGUUGGACGACAGCAGAAGUGCUCAACAACAUCGAGAUCUCCUCGAGUUGGAAUACGACAGAGCAGAACUGGAAGAUUGGAGUUUCUCGUUGUCCACCGAGGACCUUGUUCAAAAUGAAUCCACGGCAUGGAAGGAACCUGCUACCGCCACGACCACCCCGGCUCUCCCGGCAAUCAAGGAACAUAAUCCUCUAGAAUUGGAGGAGGACGCGAACGAAUGCUUAUGGAAUGGUGCCAGUUACCUAGCUGAUAGAACCGGAGGCGAAUUGGUUGCCUUAUUAAUGGAUGCUAGAGCAACAGGAUCGUGGCCGUACGCGACAAGUCCAGGCGCCUCCUGGAGCAGCGAAGAAGGAGGCCAAGAGAAUUCGAGCAAACGAUCAUCGGCAGCUUUGUCUGGCUGCAGCGACGAUCCAGAUUCUCCAUCCGUCGGAACCGACUUUACCAGAGACUUCUACAGACUGGUAAAGUUCGAGAGUACAAAAAGCUUGGCCAGUACGUCAUCCAGGAGCGGAAGACCUCCUCCAGACAGGGAGCAAGCUCUCCAAAGCGUAUUGUCAUUCAUCGCUGAACAACAAAUGUACCUUGCCGAACUGCCGAAUAAUCUUCUGGAACACAACCCGGCCCACACAACGGAAGUUGUAGAGGAAACUGAAAACAAAGACGAGCGUGGAACCGAGGCGAUGUGCACCGAAAUAGAAACAUCCGUCGAUCAAGAUAACAGCAACACGGAGAACGUUGUUGAAACGAGCAGUAACGACGAUCUGCUGGAUCAGAUACCUGUGCCGUCUUUAGCGCCAGAAGAGAGAAUAAUCAGCGCAGUGGCGUGUAACGGUGGUGUGUCCUACACCACGGUAGCACCCUCGGAAUUGGGCGCCGUUCCUGAGGAAGACGAGGAAGCCGCCACUUCUUCUACACCGAGCACGGUUGUGAGUCCAGCAAGAGCGCCCCUGUUAGUCGAAGGCAGAGAUCGAUCGUUGAGUUUCCAUGAGCGUGCGACAUCGAAAGAUGUGAUAGACGAACUGAAUCGAAUGAUCAGGAAGGGUGAAGAAAACACAGUCAGCCACGAAACCCAGGUGCCGCUAGAGAAAUUGGAUCUCGCUUGCUGCUGUCCAACAGGAUGGGUUCACGUUGAACGAGACAUUGACUUUACCGACCCAAAAGCAAGAGCCAAUCUUUUAGACGUGAUGUUAGAAAGCAGCGAAAGUUCUUCGGCGACAUCGAGCAGCGGAUCAGCAGGAAGUGACUCUGGGGAUGAACCACCGGAUUACCGUCACUUGCACAGACUCCACCGAUACCGACGACAAAAGAAAGCAUCGGCGGCCCAGGCACAUCGUGUGCUGAGACUGCCGUCAACGUGGGGUUCAUCGAGGCCGUCGAUCAUCGGACGUGGUGAAGAUUUCUUCGUGCGAUACGGAGACAAGGAACGAGAAGCUGUGGCCUCUUUCGACUUCCUUGACGAGAUCGUGGCGCCUUCAUCGACAGGUUCCAACGCCAGUCUCAUCGAUCUGGACGACACGCCAUCUGCUGAGCUCCGCGGCGACAUCAUGAAGCUAUCUCCGCUCUAGGACGAGGUUCGAUCCAGGAGUCUAUCGUGAAACUACUGUCGAUAACUCGCUGAUACCGGACUGUUCAUCGAACGAACCUUGUAUAUAUGCUUUGCUGCUGUUCAGGAUUUCUGUUACAUUGACUGUUUCGUUUUAACCCUCGUGCACCGUUUAAUUGACCCGACAUGAGAACUUGAUGUCUAUGUGAGACAUCAUUGAUGUCUGUGAAGCUGAGUCUCAUCAAUUUUUGAAAAGCUAAUCACACAUUGACUAUCGAAUUCUCUAUUCGCAUUAUAUUUGCAUAUGUAUAGGCUAGUUAAAGAUUUUGCAAUUCUGUGUCAAAUAGAUAACCCGUGCGAGAAUAAAUUUGCUUUCGCAAAUCCCGUUAAUCGUGAUAAUAAAGUUCAUGAGUGUCACUAGUUUGAUUAGUACACAACUAGCGUUGGCUAUAAGUAGCUACCGUAACAAGAGAAGAUAAAUUCAGAAGUUAAAUUUGAAAAUUGACUAACCAUAUCGUUAAUAAGUAGAGUUUCAAUGUGAUCAGCGUAUGUCCAUUUUUACUGUGGCAGAUAUUUGAGAAAUCCUCGAUGAAAUGUGAGUAAUAAAAAUUUGAACGGUGCACAAGGGUUAGUUGCUGACAACAUACGGAACUAUGAAAAUGAAUUCAUAAAAGGGAAUAAGUUAACGGAGUGUAUACUUGUAAAAAUUAAGUCGAAGUUUGGUUUCUGUUGCAUCGCGCAUGCGUAAUAGGGAAGUACAAAUGCUAUUUUUUGUACGGACGUAUUUUAUGGGUUUAUCAUAAAGGGUCAGUAUAGUUUUAGUGUUAUUGAUAGCAGGAUUUAAUUUAAUAUUUAUUUUUGUUGAAUCCCCUUUGAAGAAGCUUUAAGUUUUUCUGUAGGUUGAAACAUCGAGAAGAUUUUGAACACCUUUAACAGAGUUUACUGUUGCUUGAAAUUGCGAUCUUUUGAUAAAAAAGAAAAAUGUUCCUGCACAUAACAAUUAUGUAAAUUAAUGAAAUAAGCGAAGAAACUUGUGUACGAUAUAUUUGUUUGUCUAUUUAUGCUAAAGGUGGUACAUCUUCUUUCCUUUACGUGCUUGCUGUUUGAAUAUUUCAAUUUGUAAAUAGACUAUCGAACAAUCGUUCAUUAUCCAGUUACGUCUUCAAUACCAUUAGAGUGUUUUUGUUCUCGAUCUUUAGAAAAACCUCGGAGAUGACUAUUCAGACAAAACUGCUGGAUAUUGUUUUGUGCAGAACAGUGAUGGGUAAUUAUUUCCGAACUAGAAUAUUUAGAAAUUUAAAAUUGUUAUUCUAAAUUGUUUAAUUCUUAAAUUCCUAAAUCUAUAAAAUUAAAAAUUUAAUACUUCAAAUUACUAAAUCUGCCCAUCACUGAUCUAAGACAAAGUUAUAAUUAUCGUUUGAGCUUCCUUCGAAAUAUUCAAUGAAUUCUUUCCAAAAAACAAUAAACAAGAAACCACUGAAAGGACUUUGAUUUCCAACAAGAACAUAAAAACUAAUUACUGUACUUGAAACAUACUCUUGCUCACAAAAUGAAGAUAGACUUCUUACUUAGCGUAUGCAUAAUGAAUAUUAAUACUAAAGUAACUCGAUGUAAAAUGUGGUCUAAACACUUAGUGUAUGUAAUAUGUACAAUACAUACAAAAUUACUACGAACGGAAAAUAGGAAAAGAUAAACUGGAACUAUGAUUCGAUUUACAAAAUCGAUACAAAUCUCACGAAAGAUAAUAUAUCCAUUUAACAAUCUUAGUCGAAAUCUUAACGUUCGACGAAUGAUCGCACACAUCAAAUUUCGAGAUAUCGAAUGGACUUUAAGUUUUCCAAUAUUUCGAUAGAAAAAAGACUUACAAGAUCGAUAGAUAAAGAAUUUCUACGAUUUUCAUCCAGAAACUUCUGAUUUCGAUUAGGCGCGCGAUGUCGUGCACAUUCUCCGAAACUGAGCUUAGAACGAAACACUAGAUUAAGAUGAAUCGACGAUUUUUUUUAUGACCAUGAAUUUGUACCAUUUAGCGAACAAUCGUCGAUAAACGUAACGUAUUUCGUGUGAAACACGCAUCACGUACGCUUCGAGGGAGCGUGCGAUUUUUCGUCCCGUCUUCGAUGAAAGAGCGUGCAUGUUACGAACUGUGUAAAAUAGAAAUUGUUUGAACUUGGGAGCGUGUAUAAUUUCACGUGAACGCUCGACGUAUGAGUGGUAGAGACAAAACGAAAGGAACUAUAACGGAAGAAUGAUUAAACGUUGAAUGGAUCUAAACGCCGUACCAAGAAAUAGAUGUUUCGUCGUAUUUGUACGAGGACGCACGUUCGAAGUUUAAACUCGCGUUUGGUCAAAUUACUAGGAGAUAAUAUCAUUAGUUCGUAUAACGUUUAAGAUAACGAGUCGAUAGAAAUCGAAAUAUUUUACACGUAGAUAAUAUAGAUAUAUAUAUUAAACAUGAUGGAUAUUUUCAAUAUUUGAAACGAAGACUGUACGGAUACAAAGUUGUCUGUUCCAUCUGAUUCUAAUCAUUUAUCCUUCGUCCGUUAACCCAUUAAUUCCAGUAAUGUUCUCAAGACAUUUGUAAACGAAAAUAUGUGAAAACGUUUACAGAAUAUUUAUUCUGUAGACUGAAGAUAAGUGUCUGAUCUAGCGAUAUCGCGUGCUUUAUCGCCGACCCUGAUGUCGAGAACGUAGAAAAUUAUUGGAUAAAAGAGGCACUUAAGUUUGUUAAUUUACUCAUUCAAUUUUUAAAUAAAAUAAUUAAACAAUUAAUUACAAAAAUUCAUUGCUAUAUUUGUCAGUGCUAAACAUCCGAUCACGCGAUAUCGCGUUCACAGCCUUCAGUAGCUAAAUAUUGUGGCACACAGCAACAGAGCCGGUUCGUGAUUUGACAACUAACUUAAAUAAAGUAUUUAUUUAUAAUUGAUACUCCGGGUAUUAAUGGGUUAAAACUAAAUAAGAUAUGUAACAUAUUUACUUCUAUUCAAUAAGGAAACGUUUGUUUUAAUCUGAUUGUUUGCUACGAUAAGUUAUCAAUUUGUAUAACUGAACAUUUGAUAACUACAACGAAGUUCCGACGAAAAACAACUUUUAUCCUACAGUCCGGAAAUAAUCAUUUAAAUGAUAGCUCUAAGAUACCUGUAAGUUGCAUUAUAUUGAAAAAUGCGAUUACUGAAGCACUGAUCCUCUCUGACCCAAUCGAAAGGGAAGGAAAAGUAUAAUACUAAAUCCAUCGAUGACCGUGAAUGAUUGGGGCAUUGUAAAUAGAAUGUAUUAUAGCACAACAGAUGUAAGUUAUCCUCUCUUGAACUUAAUAAAUAACGACAAUAUAACGAAUGUAAAGGCGCAUACUCGAUGUUCAAUCUAGAAAACCGUUCCUACAAAGACAUUAAUUAAUACAUAUAUAUACGUACGUAUGGUAUCAAUCCACAUGAUCGUAUUGUCCAUUAAGAUACAAUAAGUAUUUCAAUAAAUAAUUACAAAUAAUUUAAUUAUAUCAAUGUUUCAAUUGCAUGUAAAUAGCUGUGAUAAAUACACAUUCGAUUACUUAAUUAAGAUCUAACUAAUGGGAACAUGAUAUCAUCAAAUUUUAUAUAAAACGGGAAAAAAUAUAGUUAUUAGAUAUACUAUAACGAAAUGUUUCUUCUUCUUCUUUUUUUUUACAGGUCAAUGACACACAGAAAUUUGGGUAAAAUAGAAUUUAUUAAAAUGAAAAUAUAUUAUUCGAUAUUACUCUUUGAAAAGUAAUAGUGAAUAUGUGCUGUACAAAGAAUAGUAUGAAUUAUAUAUUUUAUAAAAGCGUCGUGUAAUACUUAUCAAAAUAUUAUAAAAAUACGUUCCUAUAACAUUCAUCGUAUUAUACAUAAUACAUUGUGAUUGAAAUUUUUAAAUAUUACAAUAGUUUAUAACCCUUUUGAUUUGUCUCGAUUAUAAAU